GCAAGAAGAAAUAUGGAUGAAGGUCCGAGCAACAGAGGCAAGAGCAGCGGCGCGGAGAAGGAUGAGGUCAAGUACAGGGGCGUGCGGAAGCGGCAGUGGGGGAAGUACGCGGCGGAGAUACGGGACACCUCGCGGCAGGGGGCGAGGGUGUGGCUGGGGACGUUCAGCACGGCGGAGGAGGCGGCCAGGGCCUACGACAGGGCGGCCUACGAGAUGAGGGGCCACUUGGCCAUCCUCAACUUCCCGGAGGAGUACAACCUGCCCAGCAGCUCGUCCCACUUCGCCGCCCCGUCGGGGGCAUCGCAGCAGGGCCGCCAGGUCUUCGAGUUCGAGUACUACGAUGAUAAGCUCCUCGAGGACCUUCUCGAUGAUAAGAAAAACAACAAGAAGUAGAUUUCAUUCAACAUUAUAUUUUUAUUUUGUGGUGUGAGAUAUAUAUCUGCGGCUUCUUCUGAGCCUACGCCCAAUAAAAUAUUGAAAUAACUUAUCAUCUACGUACGUUCCAUGAGUGGGACACACAGAAAUUCCAUGUCAAAUGCAGUGCAUGCAUGAUGCAUCUCUGCAUUCUUCUUCUUUUCUUUUUUGGAUUUGAUUUCAUGAAAAUUGUACUUCUCAAAGGUAGCUUAUGAUCUCUAAAUGAAGUUGGAAGUUCAUGUAA